AUGGAAUCUGGGAGAAGGGGAUGGAAUCUGGGAGAAGGGGAUGGAAUCUGGGAGAAGGGGAUGGAAUCUGAGAGAAGGGGAUGGAAUCUGGGAGAAGGGGAUGGAAUCUGGGAGAAGGGAUGGAAUCUGGGAGAAGGGAUGGAAUCUGGGAGAAGGGGAUGGAAUCUGGGAGAAGGGGAUGGAAUUGAGGACAAGGGAUGGAAUCUGGGAAAAGGGGGGGGAGAAGGGGAUGGAAUCUGGGAGAAGGGGGGAUGGAAUUUGGGAGAAGGGGAUGGAAUCUGGGAGAAGGGGAUGGAAUCUGGGAGAAGGGGAUGGAAUCUGGGAGAAGGGGAUGGAAUCUGGGAGAAGGGGAUGGGAUCAGGGAGAAGGGGGAUGGAAUCGGGAGAAGGGGAUGGAAUCUUGGAGAAGGGGAUGGAAUCUGGGAGCAAGGGGGUGGAAUCUGGGAGAAGGGGAUUGAAUCCGGGAGGAAGGGGAUGGAAUAUGGGAGAAGGGGAUGGAAUCUGGGAGAAGGGGAUGGGAAUCUGGGAGAAGGGGAUGGAAUCUGGGAGAAGGGAAUGGAAUCUGGGAGAAGGGGAUGGAAUCAGGGAGAAGGGGAUGGAAUCUCGGAGAAGGGGAUGGAAUCUGGGAGAAGGGGGGGAAGGGGAUGGAAUCUGGGAGAAGAGGGAUGGAAUCUGGGAGAAAGGAUGGAAUCUGGGAGAAGGGGAUGGAAUCUGGGAGAAGGGGAUGGAAUGGGAGAAGGGGAUGGAAUCUGGAGAAGGGGAUAGAAUCUGGGAGAAGGGGAGUGGAAUCUGGAAGAAGGGGAUGGAAUGGGAGAAGGGGGAUGGAAUCUGGGAGAAGGGGAUAGAAUCUGGGGAGAAGGGGAUGGAGUCCGGGAGAAGGGGAUGGAAUCUUGGAGAAGGGGGUGGAAUCAAGGAGAAAGGGGAUGGAAUCUGGGAGAAGGGGAUGGAAUCUGGGAGAAGGGGAUGGAAUUCUGGGAGAAGGGGAUGGAAUCUGGGAGAAGGGGAUGGGAAUGAAGGGACAAAGGAUGAUCUGGAAAGGGGAAUGGACGUGGGAGAAGGGGAUGGAAUCUGGGAGAAGGGGAUGAAUUUUGGGAGAGGGGAUGGAAUCUGGGAGAAGGGGAUGGAAUCUGGGAGAAUGGGAUGGAAUCUGGGAGAAGGGAUGGAAUCUGGGAGAAGGGGAUGGGAUCAGGGAGAAGGGGAUGGAAUCGGGGAGAAGGGGAUGGAAUCUUGGAGAAGGGGAUGGAAUCUGGGAGAAGGGGGUGGAAUCUGGAGAAGGGGAUGGAAUCCGGGAGAAGGGAUGGAAUAUGGGAGAAGGGGAUGGAAUCUGGGCAGAAGGGGAUGGAAUCUGGGAGAAGGGGAUGGAAUCUGGGAGAAGGGAUGGAAUCUGGGAGAAGGGGAUGGAAUCAGGGAGGAGAAGGGGAUGGAAUCUCGGAGAAGGGGAUGGAAUCUGGAGAAGGGGGUGGAAUAUGGGAGAAGGGGAUGGAAUCUGGGAGAAGGGGAUGGAAUCUGGGAGAAGGGGAUGGAAUCUGGAGAAGGGGAUGGAAUCUGGGAGAAGGGGAUGGAAUCAGGGAGAAGGGGAUGGAAUCUGGGGAAGGGGAUGGAAUCUGGGAGAAGGGGAUGGAAUCUGGGAGAAGGGAUGGAAUCUGGGAGAAGGGGAUGGAAUCUGGGAGAAGGGGAUGGAAUGGGAGAAGGGGAUGGAAUCUGGGAGAAGGGGAUGGAAUCUGGGAGAAGGGGAUGGAAUCUGGAGAAGGGGAUGGAAUCUGGGAGAAGGGGAUGGAAUCUGGGAGAAGGGGAUGGAAUCUGGGAGAAGGGGAUGGAAUAUGGGAGAAGGGGAUGGAAUCUGGGAGAAGGGGAUGGAAUCUGGGAGAAGGGGAUGGAAUCAGGGAGAAGGGGAUGGAAUCGGGAGAAGGGGAUGGAAUCUUGGGAGAAGGGGGAUGGAAUCUGGAGAAGGGGAUGGAAUCUGGGAGAAGGGGAUGGAAUCUGGGAGAAGGGGAUGGAAUCUGGGAGAAGGGGAUGGAAUCUGGGAGAAGGGGAUGGAAUCUGGAAGAAGGGGAUGGAAUCUGGGAGAAGGGGAUGGAAUCUGGGAGAAGGGGAUGGAAUCUGGGAGAAGGGGAUGGAAUCUGGAGAAGGGGAUGGAAUCUGGGAGAAGGGGAUGGAAUCUGGGAGAAGGGGAUGGAAUCUGGGAGAAGGGGAUGGAAUCUGGAGAAGGGGAUGGAAUCUGGGAGAAGGGGAUGGAAUCUGGGUGAAGGGGAUGGAAAUAUGGGAGAAAAGGAUGGAAUCUGGGAGAAGGGGAUGGAAUCUGGGAGAAGGGGAUGGAAUCUGGGAGAAGGGGAUGGAGUCCGGAGAAGGGAUGGAAUCUGGGAGAAGGGGGUGGAAUCAGGGAGAAGGGGAUGGAAUCCGAGAAAGGGGAUGGAAUCUGGGAGAAGGGGAUGGAAUCAGGGAGAAGGGGAUGGAAUCUGGGAGAAGGGAUGGAAUCUGGGAGAAGGGGAUGGAAUCUGGGAGAAGGGGAUGGAAUCUGGGAGAAGGGGAUGGAAUCUGGGAGAAGGGGAUGGAAUCUGGGAGAAGGGAUGGAAUCUGGGAGAAGGGGAUGGAAUCUGGGAGAAGGGGAUGGAAUCUGGGAGAAGGGGAUGGAAUCUGGAGAAGGGGAUGGAAUCUGGGAGAAGGGGAUGGAAUCUGGGAGAAGGGGAUGAAUCUGGGAGAAGGGGAUGGAAUCUGGGAGAAGGGAUGGAAUCUGGGAGAAGGGGAUGGAAUCUGGGAGAAGGGGAUGGAAUCGGGGAGAAGGGGAUGGAAUCGGGGAGAAGGGGAUGGAAUCUAG